AUGGCUCCACGAAAGCGCAAGCUCACUGCUGAGGCUUCAACGAAGCCCGGCAAGGCCAAGAAACCGAAAGUUCACCUUUCCAAGAAGAAUGCUGACCCUCAUAAGUCUUCCUCUUCUCAAGCCUUAGCUAACCGUGGCAAAAAGUCCGCGAAAGCUACAGACGCCAAGGGCAAGGACAAGGACUACGAUCCUUAUGAAAUGAGCUCUGAUCACACUGAUAAAGACGACGUCGUCAAAAUAAUCAUGGAGAAGUGGAAAUCCCGUACCCGUCGUGCUCCGGUUGUCAAGAAUGAGGAAGACGUCAAGAUGGAAGAUGCGGAGAGCGACAACCAGGUUGAGGAUGAAGUGGUCGUUACCGAUGAGAAGCCUGCUGUUAAGAAGCGCAAGGCCGUCGCCAACGAGUCUGCUGCUACUGCUGCUGGCUCUCGAAAGGGUAAAUCAAAGUACGACGACCCGAUUGAGAUGCUCACGAACCCGCGAGCCCCUCUGGCCAAUGUCAAUCUUCGAGACCUCCUCCUCCGCCCCGAGGCCUGGGACGUCCUCAACGCCGAGGAGAAGAAGUCCAUCCUUGCCAAGUUCCCGGAUGAGACGGAGAUCAUAGAUGCCGGAACCGAAGACGCCCGCCCGGACUUCCAGGCUCUUCGCAACAACGACAAUUUCCGCGCUGACGCCGCGCGCUACAGCGCAAACCUCGCCAAGGGCUGGCACGACCCCGAGUGGAUCCGCCAGGCCCGUGUCGCCCACACCAUGCGCCAGGCCGGCGAGUACCAUGACUACCUCGCUGAACGCUUCGAGGAGGAUUGGGGCGUUCCGUUGAUGGUGCCGGACAAGAAGGAGAACGGCAACGAGAAGGAAACGGAGAACGAGAACGAGGCCGAGGCUGGUGAUGAUGAGGAUCAAGAGAUGGCCGUUGACGAUGAUGAUGAUGAUGAUGCUGGUGCUUCUGGUGUUUAA